AACUAGUAACAUUGAACAAAUUAAUUGUUUAAAAUAUACACAAAAGUGCAAUUUACAUCUUUAUAAUUCGCUAUUUAUAAGCUUACGCAGGAAUUUAAGUGAAAUCAAUUGCAGAAACGACAAAAAAAAGCAUAAAUAUUGAUGCAGUGCUAAAGCAAACGAAAAAAGAAAACACCUUUGUCAUCAUCAUCACCGCAGCGAGUCGGCCACGAAAGGCAGCGAAGAAAGCAGAGCGCCAUCGCCAUAACAAACAAGAGAAUCAAAUGCUGCGUAUUUCCAUUUGUGCAAAGUGCAAAGCUUAAAAUAUUCGCAUUUCCAAUACUCUACACCUGCACCUUCGCAUUGCAGUCUCACUUAUAGUCGCGCAAUUUGUCGCUGUUGUCGUCAUCGUCUUGUGACUAUCUUGUGCUACGCAUUCAAAAAGAAAGUCGUAGAAAUAUAUAUACAAAGCUAGCUGGGAGGAGUUGCCGUUGGUGCCCGUGCCCCACACACUCACACAUACAGCCAAACACACAAACACACUGCAACAAACUACAGUGGAGCUCAGGCAUUGGCAUUGCAGCAGCAGAGGCAGCAGCUUGCUUUGGAGCACACUUAAACAGCAAAACAAAAGCUCAAAGAAAUUCUAGCAAAUACAAGCAAAUUCAUACGCAAACAAAAAAUCUUUCUCUAGAAAUCUAACUAAAAGCAAAGUCAAACGCAAAAACAAACGAAAAUGAGAAAGCAAAAGGACGAUAUGCAGGUUAAUGUCGCCGGUCUACGCAGAAACAUCAAAAAUCUCGCGCAUAACUAUACCGAUGCUCAGGUGAAGGUGCGUGAAGCUACCUCGAACGAUCCAUGGGGCCCUUCGGCAACAAUUAUGGCCGAGAUCGCAGACCUCACUUACAAUGUGGUCGCCUUCUCCGAAAUCAUGCAAAUGAUUUGGAAACGUCUAAAUGAUCAUGGCAAGAACUGGCGCCAUGUCUACAAGGCACUUAUCCUUUUGGAAUAUUUGAUCAAGACGGGUACGGAGAAGGUCGCACAACAAUGCAAGGAGAACAUUUUUGCGAUACAAACGUUACGCGAGUUUGUCUACUUUGAGGAGGGCAAGGAUCAGGGCACGCAUGUGCGUGAGAAGGCUAAGCAGCUGGUGAAUCUACUCAAGGAUGACGAGCGUUUGAAAAAUGAGCGCGUAAAAGCCUUAAAAGCUAAAGAGCGUUUUGCUCAGCAUCCCAGUGGCUUUGGCAGCGACGGCUACAUCGACGGACCUUCGCAGCGAGACAUGCCGCCCGGCUGGCAAGAGGAAGCACCCAAGUCGGUGUCCGAACUGGAAAUGGUGCGACCACAGACUGCUGGUGAGGAGGAGCUCCAACUACAACUCGCUAUGGCUAUGUCGCGUGAAGAAGCCGAGCAGGAGGAGGCAAAACGACGCAGUGAUGAUGUACGUUUACAGCUGGCGCUCAGUCAGAGCGAACAAGACUUUAAAGAUCAGAAUGGACGGCCCAUAGCGGCACCGAGGAAGGAGGAACCCCAGAGCCAUUUGUUAGACUUGCUGGACAUUUCAUUGGGCGCAACAAGCAUAUCCAGUCCACCGCUGGGCGCUGCAGGCGGCGCUGCCAUUGUCGACCCCUGGGCCACGCCCGCCAGUAGGGCGGCAAGCCAGCUAUCGGACCCUUGGUCCGGCACUUCAUCGCCUCAAGUUGACCCCUGGCAUCCGACGGUAGCACCUCGAACCAUCAUGAGUGCUGGCGUGCCUAUGGGCGCAGGCGCUGCGGGCACGAAUGGUUCCAACGAUGCUUGGGGCGUGCGCACACAUUCGCCGUCCGUGGCAUCCGGUUCCUCUACAGAGGGAUGGUUGCAAACGAAUGGAAAUGCUAAUCAAAAUGGGGGUGGCGCAAGAGGAGAAGCAUGGCUGACGAAAACACCGGCUGGUGCCGCUUUGGCAGCGGCGCCAGUUCAGCAAGCUGCCGCCAGCAAUGGCAGUGCGGCAGAUCCUUGGCUGGCAGAGCAACAGCCGGCCGCAGCAGCGGCAACCGGACUGGCAGAUCCAUGGGCGCCACCGACCCAAGCUGCGGCGACGGCAGCGGCUGCGUCCGCUGGCCCUGAUGAUCCCUGGAAGGGUUUGGAAACAGGCGCAGUCAAGAAACAAUCACCUGACUAUGAUGAUUUCGAUUUGAUUACCAACCGCAAUCGAUCCGGCGAACUUAAUAAUUCCCAUGCCUCCAACAACAAUAAUGCUUCGCUACUUGAUGACAUGGACCCGUUGUCUACAAACUAUACGGGCUCUGUGCAUCCGUCAACUGGCGCCACCGCCAAGAAACCCCUCAAGGAUCCACAAUUGUUUUUGGGCGAAAAUUCUGCAUUGGUUAAUUUGGACAAUCUAAUCAAGCCCAUUACGCCGCAGUCGCAGUCCGGUACUGCGCCAGCGUACAAUCCUUUCAGCGACACCGUGAUGCCACCAAAAACGAAUCUAUUCCAGCAACAACAACCAGCAGUGCCGUCCAUUAAUCAGCUGAAACAGCAGGCGCCUUUCGCAGUUAACAUGAACCAGGAUCCCUGGGCUCCGGUCAGUACCGCCAAUAUUGCGUCACAGUCCCAAUCCUUAAAGCAAGCAAAAGAAUUUUCGUUUGUCAUGUCUGAUAGACCCAUUAACUCAGUGCAGCCUGCACGACCAACGAGCCUGAAUCUUGCCCAGAUCUCGACAAGUGCUGAUAGCAAUUUUCAGCUGUUGAGUGCAUUCAAAAAUCCACCCCCAGUGGCAGUCCCAGUUCCCAAUCGUAAUCAAACCCAAUACCAUACCAUGCAGGUAUAUCAAAGUAACAGCAACAACAAUCAAAGCAGUCCCCAGCAACAACAAGAGCUCAUAUACAAACCAAACCAUUCGAAUUAUCAUGCAAGCAUCGAUAGCAUACGCAAUAUGGAAAUCAUCAGCGAGACGCCCCAACGCCCAUAUUUCAAUAGUCCCAUGGCACCGGCAGGUAACAACAACAACAACAAUGGCCAUAACAACAACAGCCUGUCGAACUAUGGCACGCCCAUCUAUUCGAGCUAUGCCCAGAAUUACAGCAGCGCUCUGUCCGAUUCUCUGGCCGCCACGCCGGGCAUCACCAUAGCCCCAAUGACACAUGAGUUGCUGGGCACGCCCUAUGAGGCCAACGGCGUCAGCCACUUUGGUGGCAACAUUGGCAGUUACGGCUUCAGCGAAGCAGCAUUAGGUGCUGGGGCAGGCACAGGCGCCGCUAGCGCCUGCAAGCUGGAACCAACAAUGGAGGCUUGGACGCUUAAAUAAAAUAAUGCAAAUGGCAAAAUAACAACAUGCCUUGGAUAAAACCCGAAGCCGCCGCAACAAAUCCGUUUUUGUCAUAAGCCCGGAAAGCCUAUAUACCAUUAAGAAAUACAAGUCUUUAUUUAUGUGGAGAGAGUUCUAAACGAUUUCAAGAGUGGUACGUGACAGGUGGGGCGGAGCUGGCGCUAACAACAAGACCAAGCAGCUAAAAACUCGAGCUCUAAAACAAUACUAAAAGUAAUUAAUGAAUAACAAAUAAAUUAUGUGUAAGCAAGUAUUAUUAAAUUGUAAAAUUUGUGAUGUUGUACACUAUAUGGAUGAGUCGUAAAGGCGCGAGCCCCACAAGCACCACCACAAUGAUAGAGAGGAGGGUAUCAAUUGGUAUUGGACUAGGAAUAGCUUAAUUAACACCACGCCUAAAACCGGCUGAGUUGUAAAUGUGUAAAGGCAAGAACCAAAACAAAAAUUAAAUUAAAUAAAUAAACAUCAACAGGAAAGAAUAAAAAGGCUCGCCUGAAAGUUAUGUUAAACGGUCAGAAAUGAGAAAGAAAAAAAUUGUUAUAGCUUUAAAUUGUGCAGGCAGUCUCGCUUUGGACUGCUCUGCGACAUAAACGAACGUUACGAAAUUCGAGAAACUUAUAAAAAAAAAACUAAAAAUUAUUAUUUUAAUUUGUGUGUUUUGUUCGUAGAAGUCCCCUUCCUAAACAAUUUUUGUAACAGUUUUUGUGUGCGUUUCAAAGCUGAACCUAGGAAAACAAAAAACAAUUUGUAAACAUACAUAAAUAUAUAUAUUUUUUAAAUGUU